AUGGCAAGUAAUACGACAUUAGCUGCUCAAAGUAUGCAGGGUUAUUCACUCUCGCAAUUUUUUACCACGCUCACCGUUUCUGCAAUCAUUGCUAGUAUUGAAGUUGUUUUAUUUAUUAUUAUCAGGACGAUAUUUAAACGUAUCUAUGAGCCAAAAACAUAUCUUGGAGACGAAAAACAACGUGUUAAACCGUUACCUCGCACACCAUACGGAUGGUUACCUGCUCUAUUAAAAAUGCCGACAGAAGAUCUCAUUCGUACAUCUGGCCUUGACGCUUAUUUAUUUGCACGUUAUCUCUACAUUCAUGCUUUGUUUUUCUUGAGUUCCUUUCUUCUCCUAGGAGUUAUUCUAUUUCCGAUCUACACAGUUAAUGGUAAAGGUGCGACUUUGGGUAAGACUGGACUGGAUAUUCUAACAUUCGGAAACAUUACACCACGUCAUUCGCUACGAUAUAUAGCUCCGUUGAUACUAGCAUAUGUUUUCAUCGGUGCAUAUCUUCUUCUUCUGUACGUCGAAAUGAAGGUUUUCGUUGGGAAGCGUCAAGCGCUAUUACGAAAUGCAGCAUAUCAAUCUCGUGCUAGUGCAACAACGAUUCUUGUCACUGCUAUACCAAAACCCUAUUUACAUGUCGAUGUUCUCCACCGAAUUUUCGAUCAAUUUCCCGGUGGAGUGAAAUAUAUUUGGCUCAAUCGAAAUCUCGAAGAUCUUCCGGAUAAGGCAGAACAACGUAUGGAGUUAGUUGAAAAACUCGAAACAGUCCUGUCCAAAUUGAUGAAAACCGUAUUGAAAAACAAGGCGAAGUCGAAAACGAACCUGAAGGUUCAUACUACAAUCGAAGAAGAAGGUAUGAUUAAUCAUUACAUCCCACAAAAGAAACGUCCAACAAUGCGAGUUGGAUCCAUACCAGUACUGUCAUCAUUGUGUUGUGGCAAAAAAGUCGAUGCUAUCACACAUUGUAAAGCGACAAUUUCGAAGUUGAAUACGGAAAUCGAGGGAGCACAAUCAAAUUUAAAAGAUUAUAAGCCAAUCAAUUCUGCAUUUAUUCAGUUUAAUUCGCAAAUAGCCGCACAUAUGGCUGUACAGAGUGUUGCGGCGUCCAUCCCGCUCGCCAUGACGCCGCGAUAUAUCGACAUCAGACCAUUGAAUAUAGUCUGGUCGAAUCUAAGGUUAACCUACUACGAACUGAAAGUCAGAAAACUCAUCAUGGUUGCAGCAACAGCAGCACUCAUUGUCUUCUGGACUAUUCCCGUCACAUUCGUCGGUAUUCUUUCUAACAUUACAUAUCUUACGGAUAAAAUCACCUUCCUAAAAGUCAUUUAUAAACUACCGACAGCAUUUCUCGGUCUCGUCACUGGCCUCCUACCAACAGUUCUAUUGGCUAUUUUGAUGGCAUUGUUACCUAUUGUUUUGAAAUUAUUAGCAAAUCUGUCCGGUAAACCUACAACGGAUGCUAUUGAUCGUUAUGUUCAAGGUUCUUACUUUGUUUUUCAAGUGAUACAUGCAUUUUUAUUUGUGACCAUUUCGAGCAGUGUCUCGAGUGUAGCUGUUGAGAUUAUUCAAAACCCGCCACUAGCUGCAACUAUUCUCGCUGCGAAUAUUCCAACUGCCAGUAAUUUCUUCUUUAGUUUUAUCGCACUGCAGGGAUUAAGCGUAGCUUGUGGUGUUCUUUUACAAGUUUUCACCUUAAUUUCUUUUUAUCUCCUUGGUAAAUUGUUCGAUAAUACGCCACGAAAGAUCUGGAGACGAUAUUUCACGCUUUCAAGUCUCAGCUGGGGCACGAUCUUUCCUGUGUUUACAAAUUUCGCUGUUAUCACUUUAGUUUAUUCGAUAAUCGCCCCCCUAAUCCUGAUCAUAUCCGGUUUGGCGUUUGUUUUGUUUUACAUUGCUUAUGCAUAUACGAUGUUUUAUGUGAACGAUUUUCCCAACGAUUCUGGCGGUCUUGCUUUCCCAAGAGCAAUUUACCAGUCAUUUACCGGUGUCUAUUUAAUGGAAAUUAUGCUUGCAGCUCUGUUUUUUCUCGUACAGAAUGAGCGCGGCGCACAAGCUGCUGUUCCUCAAGGUGCUCUGAUGUGUGUCUUAAUCAUCAUUACAAUUGCUGUCCACAUGACGAUACAAUCGAGUUUCGAUCCACUGACAUAUUAUCUACCGGUUGAUGCGGAAGAAUACGCACAAUUAGAAAAUCCAGGCGUACGAAGAUUCCCAAUAGCGAGAACGGCCAUUCAUAUGAUCAAUCAGUGUCGAACGACGAAUAUGAAUAAUGUUGUCGUAGACUUCUACGAUAACACAAUGGAAAAUGCAUACAUGCAUCCAGCACUACGAGAUCCUACGCCAAUUGUAUGGAUUCCAGAGGACAAUUUAGGCAUUGCAGCGGAUGAGAUUCAACGAACUAAAGAAUCACAUCCAAAUGUUUUGAUGUCAACGAAAGGCGCGACAUUCAAUGAGAAGAUCAAAAUUGUGGUUAAAUCUCAUCCACCUGAUUAUUUCAAAGCACAAGGCGAAGAUAUUAUUCAAGCACGAUUUUGA